AAGCUUCUGCACACUAAAGAGAGUGAGAGCUUUUUCCCUGCAGUCUUCUUGAAGCCCCCUGAUUUUUUUUUACUUAGUGUUGAAAAUGAAUCUGGAAGAAAAUUGGUGAAUCCAACCCAGUGGACCUGGAAGCACUCUGACAGGUUCAGAGAGCAGAGUCUGGACCAAAGAGCAAUUACCCCACCAAACAAUUUCAGAUCCAAUCAUCAAAAAUAAGUGCAUAAAAAAUUGGGUGAAUCUUUCAAGUUUUUUGUGAAAAUCAAGAUCCUGAAUAAGAGGAUUGAAAUACUGAGAACAUAUUUCAAAGGACUGACUAUGCAUAUAGAGUGAUAACGGGAUACAAGAACACCGUGCCGAAAGUCUUGUUAAAGUUGAGAUGGAGGUGGAUGCAGACGAGAAGCGCCAUCGCACACGCUCCAAAGGUGUUCGAGUUCCCGUGGAACCAGCCAUACAAGAGCUGUUCAGCUGUCCCACGCCUGGCUGUGAUGGCAGUGGUCAUGUUAGUGGCAAAUAUGCAAGGCACAGAAGUGUUUAUGGCUGUCCUUUGGCAAAAAAACGAAAAACACAAGAUAAGCAGCCCCAAGAACCAGCUCCCAAAAGAAAACCUUUUGUGGUUAAAGCAGACAACUCUUCUGUAGAUGAGUGUUAUGAAACUGAUGGAACAGAGGAGAUGGAUGAAAAGGAAGAAGAAGAGGAAGAGGAGGAUGAAGAAGAGGAGGAAUAUUCUGAUGACAAUGAUGAUCAAGGUGAUGAGGAGGAGGAUGAUGAGGAGAUAGAUCGAGAAGAAGAAGAGGAGAUUGAAGAGGAAGAAGAGGAAGAUGAAGAGGAAGGUGAAGAUGUGGAGGAUGAAGAGGAGGAGGAAGAAGAGGAGGAGGAGGAAGAGGAGGAGGAGGAAGAACAAGACCAUCAAAUGAAUUGUCACAAUACUCGAAUAAUGCAAGACACAGAAAAAGACGAUAACAAUAAUGAUGAGUAUGAUAAUUACGAUGAACUGGUGGCCAAGUCAUUGUUAAAUCUUGGCAAAAUUGCUGAGGAUGCAGCAUACAGAGCCAGGACAGAAUCAGAAAUGAACAGCAAUACAUCUAAUAGUCUGGAAGAUGAUAGUGACAAAAAUGAAAAUAUUGGUCGGAAAAGUGAGCUGAGUUUAGACUUAGACAGUGAUGUUGUUAGGGAAACAGUGGACUCCCUUAAGUUACUAGCACAAGGACACGGUGUAGUGCUAUCAGAAAACAUUAAUGAUAGAAAUUAUGCAGACAAUACUUCACAGCAAGAUAAUAGGAAUAUGAACUUUGUAAUGUUAGGGAAGCCUGUGAACAAUGGACUUACGGAAAAAAUGGUGGAGGAGAGUGAUGAAGAGGUGUGUCUCAGCAGUUUGGAGUGCUUAAGGAACCAGUGUUUUGAUCUGGCUAGGAAACUCAGUGAGACAAACCCACAGGAAAGAAAUCAACAGCAAAACAUGAACACUCGUCAGCAUGUCAGGCAAGAAGAUGACUUCCAAGGAAGAACACCAGACCGGAAUUACUCUGAUAUGAUGAACCUAAUGAGGCUUGAAGAACAGUUGAGCCCCAGAUCUAGGACUUUUUCUAGCUGUGCAAAGGAGGAUGGUUGUCACGAAAGAGACGAUGAUACCACCUCUGUUACUUCAGAUAGGUCUGAAGAAGUGUUUGAUAUGACAAAAGGUAACUUAACCCUGCUUGAAAAAGCAAUUGCUUUGGAAACUGAGAGAGCAAAAGCCAUGAGAGAAAAAAUGGCAGUGGAAGCUGGAAGGAGGGAUAAUAUGAGAUCAUUUGAGGAACAAUCUCCAAGACAACUUUCUGGGGAUGACAGGAAGCCUAAACCCAGUGACGGCCAUGUCAAAAAGCCAUAUUAUGGUAAAGAUCCCUCAAGAACAGAAAAGAAAGAGAGCAAAUGUCCUACCCCUGGGUGUGAUGGAACUGGCCAUGUAACGGGGCUUUACCCCCAUCACCGCAGUUUGUCAGGAUGCCCACACAAAGAUAGGGUCCCUCCAGAAAUUCUUGCCAUGCAUGAAAAUGUUCUUAAGUGUCCUACACCAGGCUGCACAGGCCGGGGCCACGUAAAUAGCAACAGGAAUUCCCACCGAAGCCUCUCUGGAUGUCCUAUUGCUGCAGCAGAGAAACUGGCUAAAGCUCAAGAGAAGCAUCAGAACUGUGAUGUGUCAAAAUCAAACCAGGCAUCAGAUCGGGUUUUAAGGCCCAUGUGCUUUGUUAAGCAAUUGGAGAUCCCUCAGUAUGGCUACAGAAACAAUGUCCCCACCACCACACCCCGCUCCAACUUGGCCAAGGAACUAGAGAAAUACUCUAAGACUACGUUUGAAUAUAACAGUUAUGACAACCAUGCCUAUGGCAAGAGAGCCAUAGCUCCCAAGGUGCAAUCCAGGGAUAUAUCCCCCAAAGGAUAUGAUGCUAAACGUUACUGUAAGAAUUCAAGUCCAACCAGCAGCACAACAAGCAGUUAUGCCCCUAGCAGCAGCAGCAAUAUGAGUUGUGGUGGAGGCAGCAGUGCCAGCAGUACCUGCAGCAAGAGCAGCUUUGACUACACUCAUGACAUGGAGGCAGCACACAUGGCUGCUACUGCUAUUCUGAAUCUUUCCACCCGCUGCAGGGAGAUGCCUCAGAACCUCUCCACUAAGCCUCAGGAUCUCUGUGCAAGGAAUCCUGAUAUGGAAGUCGAUGAAAAUGGAACGUUGGACCUGAGUAUGAACAAGCAGAGGCAGCGAGAUGGUUGCUGUACCAUUUUGACACCACUGGAGCCAAUGUCACCACAACGACAAGCUGUGAUGAACAACCGCUGUUACCAACUGAAUGAGAGUGACUGCUGGGACUUACCAGUGGACUACACUAAAAUGAAGCCCAGUAGGAUAGAUGAAGAUGAUUCCAAAGAGAUUAAUCCGGAAGAUCUGGAUCCUUUCCAAGAGGCACUUGAAGAAAGAAGGUAUCCUGGUGAAGUUACAAUCCCAAGUCCUAAACCCAAAUACCCUCAAUGCAAAGAGAGCAAAAAGGAUUUAAUAACUUUGUCUGGCUGUCCCUUGGCUGACAAAAGCAUUCGAAGUAUGCUGGCCACAAGCUCACAAGAACUCAAGUGUCCAACACCUGGGUGUGAUGGUUCCGGACAUAUUACUGGAAAUUAUGCUUCACAUCGAAGUCUUUCAGGCUGUCCGCGAGCAAAGAAGAGUGGGAUCAGGAUAGCACAAAGCAAGGAAGACAAAGAAGACCAAGAGCCAAUUAGAUGUCCAGUUCCUGGUUGUGAUGGUCAGGGUCAUAUAACUGGAAAAUAUGCAUCCCAUCGCAGCGCAUCAGGGUGUCCUCUAGCUGCCAAAAGGCAAAAGGAUGGAUACCUAAAUGGCUCACAGUUCUCUUGGAAGUCAGUGAAGACGGAAGGAAUGUCAUGUCCAACCCCAGGAUGUGAUGGCUCAGGACAUGUCAGUGGUAGUUUUCUUACUCAUCGUAGUUUAUCAGGAUGUCCCAGAGCUACUUCAGCAAUGAAGAAAGCAAAGCUGUCUGGAGAACAAAUGCUAACAAUAAAGCAGCGGGCCAGUAAUGGUAUAGAAAAUGAUGAAGAAAUUAAACAGUUAGAUGAAGAAAUCAAAGAACUAAAUGAAUCCAACUCCCAGAUGGAAGCUGACAUGAUUAAACUCAGAACUCAGAUUACCACAAUGGAGAGCAACCUGAAGACGAUAGAAGAGGAGAACAAAGUAAUUGAACAGCAAAAUGAGUCUCUUCUUCAUGAAUUGGCCAAUUUAAGCCAGUCUUUAAUUCAUAGUCUAGCUAAUAUCCAGCUGCCACAUAUGGAACCAAUCAAUGAACAAAAUUUUGAUGCUUACGUGACCACUUUGACGGACAUGUAUACAAAUCAAGAUCGUUAUCAGAGUCCAGAAAAUAAAGCCCUACUGGAAAAUAUAAAGCAGGCUGUGAGAGGAAUUCAGGUCUGAACAGCUGCUAUAGUGGUGAAAGUCUUGCUUAAAAAAAGGAUGCCUCUUGUUUUUUGCUGCUGUAAUUUACCAGAAAGUGUUAUAUAUUUAUUUCUGUUUGAAACAGUGUUAUGCUUACAAGACUUCAUAAUGAUUUUAUGUCUUGCUUUAAAGAUAGUAACUGCAGAAUAGUUUUUUGAAUACAUUCACAUUUUGUACGUUUUCAUAUAAGCUGACAUAGUGUGAUAUGCCAUGUAAUGUUUAUAGCUGCUAAUGUAUGCACAUUUUUGGGGUAUAUAUAUUUCUGAAGAGGUAAGCUGAUCAAAAUAAAUAGAGUGUAAAUUCUUUUUAAUGCUUUAGUGAUUAAAUGUUUUAGUAUUUUGAACUGAAAUGGACAAAAAAAAAAAACAGCUUUGAAUGACAAUGUUGCAGUCUGCAGCCACUUUUUAAACACUAUCAUUUUGCCUCAUGUUGGAGGAUUUUAUGGGAUUUAAGAAAUACAUUUUGUGUGCAUAUUGUUUCAUAGCAAGAAUUGGUUGCAAAAAUGCUUUAUUUUUGAACAAUGCUUGAAAAUAUUAUGUGACUUUUGUUUUUGGAGGAUGGUGUGUGGUGGGGGCAAUAAAAUGAGGUUUUUUGAAUUCCAAGAAAAUGGCAUGGAUUAGAUGUAAGAUACAAAAUGGGUAAUUUAUUGUAAGACAACAUCAAGCCAUGGAAACUUGACAGAAGAUUCAAAGCAGCUUAAACAGCACUUUUUAAUUAACUUCUAAGCAUUACAUGGUAUGAAUAUGGGAACUUCCAUUAUGAAAAGAACUAUAUCAGAGGUGGACAACGUGAAGAUUUCAGCUUUUAUUUUCAAAUAAACUUUGGAGCCAACAUUCUCUUACCUCUGCUGGACUGCUAGUGCCCCUCUGAAUUAUCUGUUAUAGCAAUGUAGUUCAUCUUUCAGAAAUUCUGUAUUUCCAAUUCAAGAUGGAGGACAAUAUUUUAAAAUUAAUAUUGCCUUUUCACAUCUUUAGUUUUGGGAUAAACACAAAUGAUCUGCUUCUGUUAGUGUUACUGAACUGCAUUCGCUGCUCUCUGUAGUGGGAAUGCAGUUCAGUAAAGACUUUUCCUUUUGUUCGGCCAAGCAUUUGAUCCCAUUUUUAAUAUUUUAACAUUUAUGUUUUGCUUUUAGUUGGAGAACAAUUGUUACUGCAGCAUUCACAUAUGCUUUGUAUUCGUUCUACUAUUACCUAUUGCAAAAAUGAAUGCAAUCAAAUUUUUAAUGUAACUAAAUAUACUUCAGCACUUUUUUUUGCUUUAAACUGGAUCAUUUUAAGAUAAAACUUAUUUGUAUCUUCAAGAUUUGAUUGUUUUCUUCAAAAUGACUGCACUAUAUGUAUGCAUAAGACCACUUUUUAUUACGACAUUUUUCUUUUUUUAAGUAGUAAAUUUGGUGAUGUGUUGUGUUUUACGGAUGUUGAAUUUAUUUAAAUUUGAUAGCAUAUCUUUUUCCUUCCAUGUCUUGAUGUUAUGCAGAAAGUACAAAAGUACUUUAAAAUUUUGUUAUGAAAAAGAUGGAUUUUGUAAAAAAUAAAAUAUUUUUAGCAGAACAGGACUUACAGGGUCAUUGUCCCCACAAUGUGCCAGUUGACUAUUUGCACUUACCUUGCCCUAUAUAUCCAUACGGAGGUGUGCAAUUUCUUGUGUCAUUAGCCUUGUGACACUAAACUAGAACAAAUUAUAGUGGAAGCCAUUAUGGCCAAUCCAGUAAUAUUGCUAAGGGAGACUACAGGGAUCUCACAACAAAUAUUCUGAUACAAUACUCAACCUCGGUAUAUAUAUAUAUGUAUAAAUAUAUGUAUAUCCCAGCGGCACUUUAUACUAUUCACUGUACAAAAGCUUACAGUUUUCCACGAGGACUUUAAUAACUAGCUGGGAAAAGAUUAUGUAAUUACUUUGGGGCUCUGCAGUAUCUUAUCUGUACAGUGCCCUUUUUCUGUUGUGCUAUUAGUUGUAGCUGCCAUGCUCAGAAUUGCCUUUUUGAGAGCUGAAGCAAGGUGCUUGUUGUUCACCUUCUGCCAUAUAUAUUGUACUUUUGCCCUAGCCUCCUUUUAGGGCUUUCAUUGUUCAUAAUGGCAUAUGCAUUUUUCCACUGCAUUGUGUCUGCAGCUUCUUUGCCAGUAUAGUAAUGCUUUCAGUAGAGUAAUAGAUAGUAUCAGUUUUGGAUUCUUAUUGUUAUCACCUAUGUACAAUGGAAAGGGAUUUUAAGCACAAAUCUGCUGCUCAUCUAAUGUUGGUACAUAAUAUCAAAUCAAAAGUUAUCUGUGACUAUUAUAUAGGGAUCACAAAAGUGUCACAUAUUAGAAUGCUGACCUUUCAUAUGAAAUUAUUGUGAGUCAUCAGAGUUUAUUUAUUAUAACUUAUUGUUCAUAUUCAUUUCUAAGUUAAUUUAAGUAAUCAUUUAUUAAGACAGAAUUUUGUAUAAACUAUUUAUUGUGCUCUCUGUGGAACUGAAGUUUGAUUUAUUUUUGUACUACACGGCAUGGAUUUGUUGACAUUUUAAUUUUGCUAUAAAUGUGUGGAAUCACAAGUUGCUGUGAGACUUCAUUUUUAAAUUGUGAACUUUGUACAAAUUUUGUCAUGCUGGAUGUUAACACAUCUUACUCUAAAUAAAUAAAAAAAUGUGUUGCCACA